AUGGUUUUUAAGAUAGUAGAUUUUUUCUUUGUCCUUCAGUACUUGAUGUGGAUUUUUGUACUUUAUGUGAUGCUAUAAAACUGAACAGAAGUAUGCUUUGAUCUGCAUUGCAUAUCAAAUUAUUCACAGAUAAAGGCAAAGUGACUAAGCCAGUUGGUGUAAAUUUGCACAAUAGUUUCUUGAUUUUUUUCGUUUCUUUUCUUACUGUUGACUGAAAUCUAGAUGCAUACAGUAAUACAACCACGGGUUGUUCUUUUCUCCUUUGAUCAAAAUCGCAAAUAUUUUAUAGACCUUCCUUUAAAUCAGUGAAUUCCAGCGUGACACAAAAUUCAAUACUUGUAGUCAAAGUGAAAGAUUCCAAUCAAUGGAGAUCGUGAAAAGCAUAGUAUAUGGAGGUUUAAUAGAGUCAAUUACAAGCUUAGUUGUGCUUUUCUCCGCAGCCGCUUCCGACGCUGAUACACUGAAGAUCCUAGUUAUUGGAGUGGCAAAUUUGAUCGGUGGACUUUUUGUCAUUUGUCAGAAUUUGGUGGACUUGAAAAUUAGUUAUACCGGAGUAGGUUCCAAUUUAAGUGAUCAAAUCGAUCGAUACCAAGAGCUACUUGGCCGAAAAGAGCAUUUCCUACUUCAUGCAAUUGUUGCCCUGCUAUCAUAUUUUAUAUUUUGCCUUGUUCCACCAGUAGUAUAUGGCUUCACAUAUCUUAAGAGUGAUAACAAAGACUGCAAGCUUCUAGCAGUUGCAAUCGCUUCUUCUAUGUGCAUUAUCCUGCUUGCUACUGCAAAGGCUUAUACUCGAGGAGCAAACAAGUUCAGUAAAUACGUCAAGACUGUCCUAUUCUAUGGUAUAGCUGCAAGUAUGGCCUCAGGUGUUGGUUAUGUAGCAGGCCAUUUCAUUAAGAGGCUCGUGGAUAAAUUAGGUUGGUUUGACAAAAUCCAACCUGGUCAUUCUGUUGACAUCUUUUGCAGUGAUACCUACCUAUUGUAAAAUCUUCUUAUGUUCGCACCCAUGUUUUGUAAGUUUUGAGAACUUUAAGAAUGAGUGUGUUUUCUUGUAAAUUUCAACUGAGAAAUGAGCUUUUUCUGCACCAAAACUCUUUAGCCCUUGCAGUGUGAUGUUACGAUGAUGAUUGUAGCCCUGUUUCUGUGAAUCAU